GUGCAACUCCCGCCCAGGCAUCAACUCCAGCAUUUCAAAACACCCUCUCUCCAGAGGAUUGAUUUUUGUCAGGGCCCGUUGGGACUUUGUACUAAUGAUGGGUUCCAAAACAGGUGGAGGGAGUAGAGUUGAUUUAUGGUCAGAAAUCAUCGCUGAAGAAGGAGGGGGAGGAAGACAACCACUUCAACAACAACAACAGCAACCCAUUUACCAAAGGAGGAGAAGACAAGCAACACCCCAAAAUCAAAUAACCUCACAAGAUGCCAACUUGAAACAGUUGGAAUUGAAGGACAAGGAUAUUAGAGUGAGUUUUGGUGGCGGUGGCGGUGGUCGUGCCACUAAACGUGUCAGUUGGAAUCGUUCACUUUCUACCAGAGGGAGGAUAAGCAUAGCUGUUGCUGCUUGUGUGGACAAUCAGCCUCAACAAAAACAGGCCAGAAAAAGGGGAAAACCACCUGUUCCAAAAGGAAAAGCAGUGCAACCUCCCAAUUUUGAGAAAGAAAAGCAAUACUUUGAAGAGGUCGAUGCCUUCGAGUUGCUGGAGGAGAGCCCAUCUCCCAAAAGCUCUAGUACAUGGGCCACUGGCAAUGAAACUGAUGCAGUUGUUAUACCACAUAUGUCAUCAAGAUUAGAGAAAUGGCUAAUUGCUAAGAAGUUAAAUUAUAGUUGUGAGCCUUCUAGUACACUGUCAAAGAUAUUAGAAACUCCAACCAUGCCUCCCUUGGGACCUAUGAGAGGCGAUGAUUUCAACAGUGUUGAUGUGAUAACUCCAGAAAAAGCUGUUUUUGAAACUAAUUCGAAACUGCAUUCUGUCCAUAGCAGAAUUAGAUCAUAUUUACCUAGUAAAGGUAUCCUUGAAAGGAAUUCUCUUGCACAAAAGAGCAGUUCUAUGUUUGUGGGCCAUGAGGGCUGUGAAGACAUUGAGGGUGCAGUUAAGAAACUGUCCUUAGCUUCAACAUCUUCUUUAUCAGAUCAUGACUAUGUGGAUCCAGUUACUGCGCUAUUGGCAGUCUGUGGACAGUCAGUUCCAUCAACAUUGCUAGAAGUAUUCUCCAAAUACUGUGAAACAGAGAAUAUUGUCAAAGUCGGUGAAGGAACUUAUGGAGAAGCAUUUAAAGCUGGUAAUACUGUCUGUAAAAUAGUUCCUAUUGAUGGGGACUUACUGGUAAAUGGAGAAGUGCAGAAGAGAUCAGAAGAAUUGCUUGAGGAGGUUAUCCUUUCUCGAACCCUCAACAAUCUCAGAUUCCAUGAUGCUGAUUUUGACAAUUCUUGCACAACCUUCAUUGAAACUCUAGACUUAAGAGUUUGCCAAGGUCCUUAUGACCCUGCCUUGGUUAAAGCAUGGGAAUACUGGGAUGAAAAACAUGGUUCUGAAAAUGAUCAUCCUAAGGAGUUUCCGGAGAAACAGUGCUAUGUGGUGUUUGUGCUACAACAUGGCGGGAAAGACCUUGAAAGCUUUGUGCUCUUAAACUUUGAUGAAGCACAGAGUUUAUUGGUUCAGGUUACUGCUGGCUUAGCUGUUGCAGAAGCUGCAUAUGAAUUUGAGCACCGGGACCUGCACUGGGGAAACAUUCUUUUGCGUCGAAAUGAAUCAGCUACAGUGCAGUUUAUCCUGGAGGGGAACAAAAUGAUUUUCAGAACUUCAGGAUUAUUGAUAUCAAUAAUUGAUUUUACUCUUUCCAGAAUUAACACAGGUCAAGAUAUACUCUUCCUGGACCUAACCUCGGACCCAUAUCUCUUUAAGGGUCCAAAAGGAGAUAGACAGGCAGAAACAUAUAGGAAGAUGAAAGAAGUAACUGAAGACUUCUGGGAAGGAAGCUUCCCCAAGACAAAUGUGUUGUGGUUGCUAUACUUGGUGGACAUACUGCUCCUGAAGAAAUCUUUUGAUCGCUCUUCAAAAAAUGAGAGAGAUUUGCGCUCGUUCAAAAAGCGUCUCAGCAAGUAUAAUUCAGCUAAGGAAGCUAUUAUUUCGGAUCCUUUCUUCAGCAACUUGCUUGUUGUGUGAAUAAAUUGCUUACAAGUGGAUACUUAUUUAGGACGAUUACUCCUUUCUUGUAUGUUCUAGGGGGGCUAGGUUAGAAAAUCAUGUAGGACUUGGAAGAAGGCAUAUCCAAUCACAGUUUGUUAAAGUAGAACAUAGAUGCUAGUUAUGACUCACAACUAGCGUCUUGUGACGGUGCAGUGUACGACCAACAAAGUUGUUGCAGAACUCUGCAGAACAGAUGUACCAUUGCCGCUAACAAAGGAAAUGAGAGUUCAUGUCAUGGAUUUGAAGUUCA